AUGGACGCCAUGAAGAGCACGAUGAACAACAUGAUGUCUGCCCUCAACAUGGGCAGUAAGAAGCAAGAAGGUGAAGUAUUACAACCACCAUCAGAGAACGAAUAUAAGGAGCUACGAGAGAAGUAUAAGGAAGCAAGGCAAGAACAUGUCUUCAACUACUGGGACGAUCUGAAGCCGGAGGAGAAAGGAGCACUCUUCGAACAACUACAAGGCUUCAGCCCUGAGCACAACAACAAGAUCUCGGACAAGGCCAUCAAUCCUCCGAAACAUGAGAGUGAAGACGAGAAGCCUAAGCUUGAACAACUACCCGACUCCGCCACCACAUCAACAAUCGACAGCAAGCAAGAGGAUCUGGAUCAAUGGUACAAGGAUGGCUUGAAGCUGAUCUCGGAGAACAAAGUUGCUGUGGUACUCAUGGCUGGUGGGCAAGGCACACGACUUGGCAGCUCUUUACCAAAGGGUCAAUACAACAUCGGUCUGCCAAGCGAGAAGAGCUUGUUCCAAUUACAAGCCGAGCGGAUCGUGCGGCUGCAACAUCUCGCGGCGAAGCAUCAUGGAAAGGAGGUGUUGGACGUGGUAAUCGCGUGGUAUAUCAUGACAUCGGGACCGACACGCAAACCUACAGAGAGCUUCUUCGUGGAGAAGAAGUACUUUGGCCUCUCACACAAGAACGUCACGAUCUUCGAGCAGGGUGUCCUGCCAUGCAUCAACAUGGAAGGCAAGAUCUUGCUGGAAGAGAAGAGCAGAGUCGCUGUGGCACCAGACGGUAAUGGCGGUCUGUACAACGCUCUCAUCAAUAGUGGCGUUGUGCAAGACAUGGAGAAGCGCGGUGUGCAGCACAUUCACAUGUUUGGUGUGGACAACUGCCUCGUCCGUGUAGCGGAUCCAACCUUCAUCGGCUUUAGUGCGUCGAAGAAAGUUGACAUCGCCACGAAAGUCGUCCGGAAGCGUGAUGCCAAGGAGUCCGUUGGCCUGAUCUUGCAAAAGAACGGCAAGCCAGAUGUUGUCGAGUAUUCGGAGAUGGAUGACGCGACAGCUGAAGCGAAGGAUCCCAAGGAUAGCGAGCUCCUUAAGUUCCGUGCCGCGAAUAUUGUCAACCAUUACUACUCGUUCGGCUUCCUGCAAAGUAUCCCCGACUGGGUUCAUAGGCUACCUCACCACGUGGCGAAGAAGAAGAUUCCUGCCAUCCCUUUCGACUCGAAAGACGGAAGGCAAGUCAAACCAGAGAAGCCAAAUGGCAUCAAGCUCGAGCAGUUCGUCUUCGAUUGCUUCCCAUUCGUCUCCAUGGACAGGUUCGCCUGUAUGGAAGUGAAGCGCGAAGAUGAAUUCUCAGCCCUGAAGAACGCUCCUGGUAGUAAGGACGACAGCCCCGAGACGUCCAAGAAGGACAUCAUGGCCCAGGGAGCAAGGUUUUUGAAGGGUGCUGGGGCGACAGUGACGAGCGAGAAGGAGGAUGAGGGUGUGGAAGUCAGUCCGUUAAUCAGCUAUGCAGGAGAGGGUCUGGAGUACUUGAAGGGGCGAGAGAUCAGGGCGCCGGCUGUUAUUGAAAAGCAGGAGUAG